CCGUAACCGAAGGCAAGAUGGACGAGCGCUUGAUCUUUUCAGAGAAAACAAGCCGCUUUCACACGGCGGUGAAAGGGCUGGCGUUUGCAUUCAAAGAGUCCUUUGUAAAAGGCCGGGACCGCCAGCGUGUCAACCACUUCCAUCCCUUCCUCGUACAAGUUCGGAAAGUCAUACACACGCGCCGACGGGAGGUGCACCAUUUUCAGCUCGGGCUGGAGUUUGCGCGGUUUCUGUACCACACGAUCCUGAAAAUAUUCGUGGACAAGGUGGUGCAAAACCCCUUGUUCAUCGACUUACUGGAAGCCGCUCGACACUUGCACCAAUUGGGGACGGGAAGGUUGUACGGGCUUCACAAGGCAUGGGAGAAAAACAGACGUAUAGUGGUCUUUUUGAGCAGUCUUAACUAAGUAGUAAUUGUGAAACGCGUCAGCACAAGGACGGAGUAUUCUAUUGUGCUGUUAUUUUUGGUGGGGAUGAAAUAAGAGACCUUGAAAAUUGGCCCCAUGAAUAUCUAAACUUAUAUUCAAGAAAGAAAACAUCAUUAUCAACAGUUGCAAUCGAGCCCGACAUCACCGGGAAGACGCAGCGGCGGCUGGUCGGCAAGCUCGGGAACGAGCUGUAUAUCUUGACGCUGUUUGCAAAGUACCUGGAGGAUCGGUUGGACUCCCGGUUGCGCGACAUCGGGGAGGGUUCCUUGACGAAACCCGGGCAGAUUCAAGAGAUUCACGAGGAGACGGACGCGGUACUGUACGCAAACUUUUUUGAGGACGCGGCCGGGUUUCUCGGGGGCGCGUUCACGGCCUUUCGCGAGGAUGUCAUUCUGCACACCCGGAAUUACUACCACGAUGAGCGGCUGCGGUUCGGCGACGAGGAGCUGGACCUGCUGGAGGAGCAAAUCGGCAUUUGCGUCGAAAUGUUGUUCGCGUUUGAGAAGACCAUGCGCUUCGUGUCUCUGCGCCGCCCCGUGCUGCGUUCCACGGUGCUGGUGUGCAUGGAACUGAAGAAAGAUUUUUUCCUGGAAAGGAAGAACGACGGCUACUCUCUUGACCACUUCGCCACGCUGCAGCCGGUGUGGACCGCGUUUGUGGCAGAUUUGUUGCAGGCGCAUUUGCAGGGGAAUGAGGGACACGACUCGCGCCAGAAGACGUUGAUCCACGUGGAAAAACUAGUUCUGGAGUUCAAGGAAGCGACCGCACGGGUAGCGUUGGUGCUUGCCAGAACCGUGACGGAUCCGUUGAUUAUGGCGCGGGUCCUAGCUGCGUAUCGCAAGCACAAGAUGAAGCCGAUGAGUCCCGGCGCGCCGGGCAGGGACCCGCUCCGCGUGACGCAUUUGCUAGAUUUGCUGUUAACGCAGAUCGAUGUGUCCACCUGUCUCGCGCUCGAUUUCAUGCUGCAGUCCUUCAUCGUUCUGGUCCGAGCGGUGUGCUUGGGGCAAGAUCCGAACUUCCGCUUCCUGCUCCAUUUCGACGUGUCUAAUUUCGUGGCCACGGCCUUCGACACGCCGGUGCCGAAGCGGGCCAAGAGCGGACGAGAGCCACGGUCCAGUAUUGGCAACGAUCGACUCCGCGCCUCCGCGUACGCACAGGGGCGAACGUUUGGUCUCGGGCCGCACAACGACGGGCUGGAGCAGUUUAUUCAGACCGGGCCUGGCGUUGUCGCCGGAGCGGUCAAGUGGGCCUGCGAGGAGCGGGCGGACGCGGGCGUGUUCGCAACCAAGGAGAAUUUGACCCGCGCAGCGUACGACAUUGUCGACGAGCGGUUUCGGCCGCGGAUCGACAAGCCGACGAACGCGAAUUACGGAUAUCCCCCGGACGCGAUCCUGACCAACGCCUACUACGACAACCAGCGGCUGUGGCGAAUCAGUAAGCAGGACAAGCUGCGGAUGAUAGACGACAAAGCGCUUCUUGAGGACUACUUUUGGGGUCUGUUCAACGGAUUCGAAAAGAAAAUUUUCCAAAUAUUCGAGGACUACUUUUACAAAAAGCUGUCCGAGUUCCAGAUGUACUGCCGCGGCAUGGAAAAGGUGUCCGAGUUCCCCACCGGGUUCCUCUGCGGCGUCGACGACCGCAUUUUCUACAAGGGAAUCGAGUUCGACGCGAAGAAAAAGGUGUACCGCGAGGGCCUGGAGGUGGAUCUGGACGAGUACGGCCGGAAGCGUGGCACCGGCACGGGGAGAUCCAAGAAAAAAAAGCGGUCCACCAUCUCCGCGUCGGGCGUCACCGAGAGUGGGGAGACCGAGGCCGCCUCGUCGUCCGCUGCCUCGACGGAGGAGGCCUCCGACGAGAAAGACGUCAGCGGCGUGGACGAAGACCAGUCCGGCGUGAGCGGGGCGAAUGAGAGUGCCGCAGAUCAAAGCGGCGUGUCGGGGCAAAGCGAUGAGCAGUCCGGGGUAUCGGGGGCGUCCGGCGUGUCGGGAGCGUCCGAAGUUUCGGGAGCAUCCGGCGUGUCAGGGGCGUCCGGCGUGUCGGGCCAGGACGACGAUUCCGACGUCUCCGGAUCAGGCGGCAGUAGCGUGAUUGCCUCGGACCUGAGCGGCGGCAGCGAAAUCCGUCCCACGGAACCCAUGAUCGCGCAACCACCGCGGGGCGUCGCGUCCGGCGUCUCCGGCGUGUCCGCCAGGGACGGCGAGAGCGAAAUUCGCCCGACCGAGCCGAUGAUCGCGGCGCCCGGCGCAGUCCCUUCGAACGUUGGCCCCGGCAUCACGUCGUCCGCGAUCGGCGGUGGCGACACCACCAGCAGUGAUGAUGACGACGAUGCUACGACCGAAAGUAGCACGGACAAGAGCGGCGCAGCUGGUGGCGGUGGGGCCAAGGACGACGAUGAUGACGACGACGACGAUGAUGAUGACGACGAUGAUGAUGAUGAUGAUGAUGAUGACAGUGAUGCUGAUGACAGCGAUGAUAGCGAGGAAGCGAAGAGUGGGGCGAGCGACAUGCGGCCAACCGAGCAGGGGACCGUGCCCCGGCCAUCCGCUUUUGGUUACCCAGAGCCAGACUCUUUCUUCAAUUGGACGAAAUCCGAAUCUUCCUCCAAACCCGGUAGGAUCGGGCGUGUCGCACCAAAACCCAUUUUGAAAGUUGCAACCGUCGAAAAUGACCACGGAUUCCUCCGGAUACCUGAGGAGCCAUCACCAAAAGCAAAGAGAAAACCAAAAAAAGAGCGAAGUGAAUCGUCCCAGAAGAUCAAGGCGCUGCCAAGUAGUCCAGCGCGGGAAGAACUACAAAAACGGGCUUCAACAUCGAAGCGAACGACAAGUAAAACCUUGGAGGCUGUGAUAGAGGGAACAUCGUUCGGCUUGCUGCAUGUGAUAUCCGACGCCAUGGCGAAGGAAGUAAGGAAAUUCGGUGAUUCUGAUGAUGAUUCGCCGUCCAAGAAAAAAAGCAAAAAGUCGAAGAAGCGAAAAUCUUCGACAGAAUUGAAAAGCACACCUUCUCGGCGGGAGAAAAAACGAAAGUCUUCUACUGAGAAGACCACCACGCCCACUUCUAUGGAUAAAAAGAAGAGAAAGAAAAGUUCGCCGAGUAAAAAAGACACAACAGCGCCAAACCCGUUCCUCUACUACUCCGAUGUGGUGAAAAAGGACCUGGCCGCGAUGGUGCGUGGGAAGGGGAAGAGGAAGAGCAAACUGAAGGAUCACGCAAAGGACCGGCGGAGAAAAAGCAAAGGCAGCAGCCAACAGCACACAUCGUUCCUCUUUUUUGACGACAAGGAGGACUUUUUGAUGAUCCGCGAGCAGGAGGAUUUUGAAGACCAUCAGUUCGAACUGGCGGAUCGCUACAGUAAUGCGGUGGAAGCCGCGGUGAUCGCGAUUAAGAGACGGAGUAACAAGAAUGUGGACCAGUUUUGGGACGGGCAAGAACCCGCUUGGGACGAGGUGAUCGACGCGCGCUACGACGGGGACCCCAUUAUGAAGAAGAUCCAGGGCUUCAAGCAGGACGGCUCGGCGAAGAAGGAAGCCGUGAUCAAGAAGAAAAAGCUGAUCGAGUUCGACCUGGACGACGUCAAGGGCCACCGGGGGCACUUUUUCAAGUCGGACCACGGGCCGGACCACCACGCGGCGGACAUGCGCAAGGAGUUUUUGUUGAAGCUCCGCGACGGGAAUCUGACCAACCCGUUGCGGCAGUUCCACCCCGACGCAGGGCGGCGACGGAACGACCAGGCCCGGAAAAUUUUGGAGAUGAUCGGCGUGAAGGACCGGGAAGUGAUCAUGCCGGCGGCACCCCCGGAAUUAAUCAAGGAGGAGGUGGUGUCCAAACUGGCGGAAAUGAUGCUCCGCGAUUUGGUGCCGAUCAUGGCAUACGAGGACGCGGGGACGCGCAAGGCGCCGAAGGGACGGGAGGAUAUCCAACUCGUGCAGGGGGUGGGCGCGAUCUUGCACUUUCGCGAUUUGCUGGACUUCGGCACGUCGCUGGGGACGAUCAUUCUCUACGUCUACCAAACGUUCGGCGUGUUCGAGCUGGAAGUGUCCGCGGACGAUUUUCGGGACCUGUUAGACAUCGAGGAACUGAUCGUGGGGCACAUCCAGGCCGCGUACGUCACCGUGAUGAGCGGAAUUUUGGAACGGUGUCAGGAAAUGCGGGAUCCGGACUCGCGGUCACGGGGCUUGAAGAUCACGUUUUACUACGUCUUGUCGCUCGUGGCACGGAUAUUAGAGGAUCUGAAACUCUCCAAAGCCAUCGCGCUCGGGGGGUACUUCAGUCGGCAAAUCGUGAAACGGUUCAACAACCAGCAGAAACCGAAGGACUUCAAGCGCCAAUUCGAGCUUCCACCGAGCACCGAGGCGUUGUUUCGCUGGUUUUUGCUCACGUGGCGGAAAAGCCCGCCCAUUGCGGGGAUGCACGCGCCGAUCGUGCAGCUGUUGGCGCGACAGGUCGUGCAGGCGACCGCGGAACUCGCGACGAAGGCAGAACAAUUCGUGGACGCGGCGCCUGCUGUCGGGGAAAAAGGUUUUUCGGUUUGUUUUGGUUGUUGUUUCCAUAGUUUUUGUUCUUGCAAAUUCCAAAAUCACAGACUGCUAGAGUAGGCACUGGGUUCGCUUCUCUGCUGCGUCGGACGUCCUUUUUCGUGCCUAAAAUUACAACAAAACUACACUCAGGUAUGAGCGCCCCGGGUAUGGAGCAGGCGAUUUCGUACUCGGUUCACCACUUCGACCACCAGCACGUGCUGGAAUACUGCGAGGACUACCUGCUGCUCCUGUGCGACUUCUGUCACUUCAUGGUGUCCGAGAAGCCGGGUCACUUUCCGCUGCAACAACGGCAGCAGCUGGUCGACAGCCUGUUUCACAUUAGCCACCAAGUCAUCGAGAUUUUCAUGGAGUGUUUCCAGGCCCAGCGCCGGUCGAUGAUGGUCGCAGACCUGACCGAACUCCUCUUCGAGGCCGGCCAAGCCUGCAGCGUCGCGGGCGCCGUCAGCUGGAUCCGACGCGACAUUGCGCACCUGUUUUCCACCGAGCACUUCCCCGAAAUGGCGGUCCGGUGCGUCACCCCGCGGGCGCGGUACCUGUACCACCAGGUCGGCCGGGUGGCGCAGUAUCUGAACAACGGCCGGGAGUACAUCAACAAAUCGAUCUCCUGGCAAAAGGUCGCGACCGACUUCGAGAUGGCGGUGUACGAGGCCGUGGCGAUGCUGUUUUCCGUCGCGGAAACCGCGCCUUCGCUGGAGAUGUUCCCACUAGCGUUUGAGGUUGCCGCGUUGGAGAUUGCGGACGUAGUGGUGCCGGAAUUUCGGAAGAUGUACGAGGCGAAAUUCGUCCCCAAUGGGUACACGUUGGGCCAGUUCGUCUACGCCAUUCACGAACUGAUGCGGAAGGACAUCCGGUUACUCGACUACAAGACCGCGCGGUUAGACCGGUUGCACCGGCUGUUCUUGGAUGAGGUAAAAUCCUCCCUGGAAAAUCUAACGGAGCUAAUCGUGACGUUGAUGGAGGAGUCGCAUUUGAGGAUUUUCCUCAACUUCAUCAUGAACCAGCCGGAGGACGACGAAGAAGGCGAAUACUUGGCCAAUGUCGACCUCGUCCCGCUCAUCUUCCCGAUCCGGGGCGUGAUCGAGGAAGUCUGCCACCAGGCGGGGCUGGCGCCGCAGAUGAAGCAUGCGCUGCUGCACAAGUACUGUGCGUACGUGUGCUACUUUCUGAAAAAAUUCAUGGACCGGAAGCCCGACCUCCCGAAGUUCAAGUCGCAGAUGAUGCUGCGGGGGCUCAAAAUUCUCAUAUCGCGGCUCGGCCAGGAGUGCUACCCUGACCAUGCACAGAUUCGCAUCCGGCCGUCGACGGAGUACGUGCACGCGUGCAGGUUGCAGCUCUACGAGGAGGCAGCGGCUUUACGGGAAUCCUUUUACGCGAGGAUACGGAAGGAGGACCAAUUCCUCGUGCCGGGGUACAGUCAGGAACUCUUCCAAGAAGCGUUGUGUUUUCUGUAUCCGGAAAAUCUGCUGCGAUGAGGGGGAAGAAGCUGGUGGAGCCGGACGAGAUAUCAACUCUAAAUGUAUGAUGUACAACUUCUAUCCUACAAUGGAACCUUUUCAAUUUCAACUGAAUGCACAAGGAAGACUGUCACAGACUGCCCAAUACCGGGCGUCAGUGAAUGUUUCUAUCUGGUCAAGUAGUACUGUCAGGCGAUAAGACGAUCUGUUUCGACUGCUUUAUAGAACAGCAUCAAAAACUGUAGAAUGAAUCCGAAAACGAACAAGAGAAACGUUUUGCAGGUGAUAGAUGUAUGAAACUGUGAAGCAGAAAGAGAU